ACUCCUUCCUCUCCCGAGUCUUGCGUCACGGCUGCGCCGGGGAGCGAACCUCCUGUCUCGGGGCUGUCCGGCUGAAGCGUACGGAAAAGACUAAAGAUUAGAUUGUAGGAAAAGAAAAACAGAAGCAAUGUUUCGAAGACCUGUAUUACAGGUGUUUCAUCAAUUUGUAAGACAUGAGUCCGAAACAGUAAGCAGCUUGGUCCUUGAAAGAUCUCUGAAUCGUGUGCAGUUACUUGGACGAGUCGGUCAGGACCCUGUCAUGAGGCAGGCAGAAGGGAAAAACCCAGUCACGAUAUUUUCUUUAGCAACAAAUGAGAUGUGGAAAUCAGGAGAAAAUGAAACAUACCAAAUGGGUGAUGUCAGUCAAAAGACGACGUGGCACAGAAUUUCAGUAUUCCGACCAGGCCUCAGAGAUGUGGCGUAUCAGUAUGUGAAAAAGGGGUCUCGAAUUUAUGUGGAAGGGAAAGUAGACUACGGUGAAUACAUGGAUAAAAAUAAUGUGAGGCGACAAGCAACAACAAUCAUAGCUGAUAAUAUUAUAUUUCUGAGUGACCAGACAAAAGAGAAGGCAUAGUGUGGAUCAUUCGUCUUUGGCCAGCACUUGGUACAGUCUCAUUUCCAAAUCAUGUAUAGUCUUUAUAGUUCUAAGGAC